ACGCAUGACAACUCGGUAGUCUUCCGGUUUGCUCGUGGCUAGAGGACGUUAGUGUCACAGGACAGAGGGGCUCCAAAGGUAUUUCAAUUUUCACCAAUUUCAAAAACCGAAGCAACAAAAACAACAAAACAAGAUGUUUUCCCGUGCCGUGAGACCCACCGUUAGCUUCGUCCGGAGCUUGUCCACCUCGUCGCAGAACAAUGCCAAGGUGGCGGUGCUCGGCGCUUCGGGCGGCAUAGGCCAGCCGCUAUCUCUGCUGCUCAAAAAUAGCCCCCUGGUGAGCCACCUCUCCCUCUAUGAUAUCGCCCAUACACCCGGAGUGGCCGCAGAUCUCAGCCACAUCGAGACGAGGGCUAAGGUGAGCGGCCACAUAGGCCCCGACCAGCUCGACGCUGCGCUGCAGGGCUGCGAAGUUGUGGUGAUUCCAGCCGGUGUGCCCAGAAAACCGGGCAUGACCCGCGAUGACCUCUUCAACACCAACGCCACAAUCGUAGCCACCUUGGCCGAUGCCUGCGCCCGCACUUGUCCCGAGGCUAUCAUCUGCAUUAUCGCCAACCCUGUUAACUCCACCAUCCCGAUUACAUCAGAGGUCAUGAAGAAGCACGGAGUGUACAACCCUAACAGAGUGUUUGGUGUCACAACCUUGGACAUUGUAAGAGCUAACACCUUUGUUGCAGAGCUCAAAGGCCUGGAUCCGGCUCGUGUCAAUGUGCCGGUUAUUGGAGGCCAUGCGGGGAAGACCAUCAUUCCCCUCAUUUCUCAGUGCACACCCAAAGUCGAGUUCCCUGCUGACCAGCUGUCGGCCCUGACUGAAAGGAUCCAGGAGGCCGGCACAGAGGUGGUCAAGGCCAAGGCCGGAGCCGGAUCUGCUACACUCUCUAUGGCCUAUGCUGGUGCACGCUUCACCUUCUCUGUCCUGGAUGCCAUGAAUGGAAAAGAGGGAGUGGUGGAGUGCGCCUUUGUCAGGUCUGAGGAGACAGAGUGCAAGUACUUCUCCACACCUCUCCUUCUAGGAAAGAAUGGAAUUGAGAAGAACCUUGGCCUUGGAAAGCUGUCCGCCUUUGAGGAGAAGCUGGUUGCUGAUGCCAUCGGUGAGCUGAAGGCUUCUAUCAAGAAGGGCGAGGAUUUUGUCGCCAACAUGAAGUGAACAGUUAACCCAAAAACAUACAGCUGUGAUUGAUAAAUAGUUCUGUCUUUAUUUAAAGGCAUCUGGCUAAAUCUCCACCUGUCAGUGUCUCCUCCUUUCAUUUUUGAUUUAGAGUCAUCUUGAUUCAGAUAUCCUCAUUUUGACCAUGGAUCUCUUUGUCAUGUAUAAUUGGUGUUGCCUUUUCAAACAUUACAUUAUCCUGCACUUUAGACUUGUGUACAUACUGUAGUGUUACUUAUCUAUAUUUUGCAAAUGUCAAUUUGAAUCAGAAUUUCAUAUUUUCAUGUGCAGCCCAUAUUAAUGGCAACUGUUCUGUAAAAUAAUUGAGGAGGAAAUACUGUCAUGCCUGGUGCAAAAUGCAGUAGAUGCUGCUGCUGAGUAAAAAUGAUCACUCCACCAAUAAACAGUUUAGCUUAAA